UUUUUAGUCUCCAAAGUUAGUAAACUUUGUAUGGUUAUAAGUUUAGUUGACUGAUUGUUUUGAUAGAUAGCCAACAGCUGUGAAAGGAAGUCAGUACCAUUAUGCCGUCUGAACAGAAUGCUGUCACUUUAAGGAAAUUCUCUUAAGCCCUUCCUUUUGCCUUGUACGCAUCAUAUUCUUAAGUAUUGUAAUGUGCAAAUAGCUUGGUGUAUACACAGUUAACUUGUUUUUUUAAAUAAUGGCCUGGGCAAAAUUUUUACGGAAACCUGGAGGUGGUAACCUUGGAAAAGUGUACCAGCCUGGAAGUAUGUUAUCUUUGGCCCCUACCAAAGGUUUAUUAAAUGAACCAGGACAAAACAGUUGCUUCCUUAACAGCGCUGUACAGGUUUUGUGGCAGCUUGACAUAUUCCGACGGAGUUUAAGAGGUUUAACAGGGCAUGUUUGUCAAGGAGAUGCCUGCAUAUUUUGUGCAUUAAAGACUAUAUUUGCACAGUUCCAACACAGUCGGGAAAAAGCACUCCCAUCAGAUAAUAUGAGGCAUGCCCUGGCUGAAAGCUUUAAAGAUGAACAGCGUUUUCAGCUUGGAUUGAUGGAUGAUGCAGCAGAAUGCUUUGAAAAUAUACUCGAGAGGAUUCAUUUCCAUAUAGUUCCAAGUAGUGAAACAGAUAUGUGCACAUCUAAAUCCUGCAUUGCUCAUCAGAAGUUUGCUAUGACACUAUAUGAACAGUGCGUGUGCCGUAGUUGUGGGGCAUCUUCAGACCCCUUGCCUUUUACAGAAUUUGUGCGUUACAUUUCUACAACUGCCUUGUGCAAUGAAGUUGAUAGAAUGAUGGAAAGGCAUGAACGCCUUAAGCCAGAAAUGUUUGCAGAAUUGCUACAGGCAGCAAAUACCACUGAUGACUUCAGAAAAUGUCCUAGUAACUGUGGUCAACGAAUAAAAAUCCGUCGUGUUCUCAUGAAUUGUCCCGAGAUUGUCACAAUUGGUUUAGUCUGGGAUUCGGAACAUUCUGACCUGACAGAAGAUGUUAUGCGGAAUCUGGCAACACAGCUUUAUCUUCCUGGGUUGUUCUAUAGGGUUACAGAUGAGCAGGCUAAAAAUGCUGAGCUUUAUCUUGUGGGGAUGAUUUGCUACGCAAGCCGACAUUACUGUGCCUUUGCCUUUCACACUAAGAGCUGCAAGUGGGUCCUGUUUGAUGAUGCUAAUGUGAAAGAGGUUGGAACAAAAUGGAAAGAUGUGGUCUCCAAGUGCAUUCGAUGUCACUUUCAGCCAUUGUUGCUAUUUUAUGCUAACCCAGAUGGUACAGCUGUUUCCACAGAAGAUGCACCCAGACAGAUCAUUCAUUCUCACUACAAAUCAGCAGCAAGAAAUGGAGAAGACUUAGGUUUUGAAAAAACAGCUAUUCCAAAAUUGGAUCUCACAAGAGAGAAUGGAUUUUUAGAGACUUCAAAUCAAAAAGGCAAUAAAAAAUUUCAGCCUGAAAACUCCAGUUUCAGCAGAGCUCAUGUUCAGGCUAGUGGUGGUAGGGGACCAGUUAAGUUAGGGCACCAAGAUCAAAAGGACAAGUUCAAGGAUAUAUCCAGAGAAUGUGCUCAGAAGGCAGUUGAUAUGAGAAACUUUCAGUCCUCCGUAAGGAAAGAUGCAGACAGAGGACCAAAAAAAGACUCUGGGAGACAAAGAGAUCUUAUUGGAGAAGACCGCUCUCACAUUAAGUCAGGAUCGCCUCCUGUUGGAAAUGGAUUUAGACAAUAUGCUGACCAGCGUGUUUAUAGUAGCCAGGGAAGAGGACCUUACAAACAUGAAAGUAUACCACAUGAACCCAGACCGCUUGCACAGGUACUUGGGUCAAAUAAAACAGAAGCUUUUCUUGCUGUGGAUAAAGGGAUGAACAGAUCUAGGAUUGACAAUACCACUGGCUAUGAAACAGAUAGCAGCCAAGAUUCUAGGGACAAGGGAAGUGUUGUCAGCAGCAGCAGCAGUAGAAGCAAAACCAAAGGUUGGAAGCCUAUGCGAGAGACACUAAAUGUGGACAGCAUUUUCAGCGAGACUGAAAAAAAGCAGCAUAGUCCAAGACAUAAGGCAAAUCAAAGCAAUAAAGCUAAACAGGAAAAGGAGCAGAGCUUUAAUAAGUGGCCAAAAGAAAAUCAAACCCAGAAGAGUUUAAUGACCAUUUAUGAAGAUGAAACAAAACAGGAGACGGGGAGUCGAAGCUCUCUGGAUUCAGAUGGAAAAGGGAAUCUGGAGAAAGGAAAAGGAUUUACAGAGAGAAAAGUUCAUGGUGACAACUGGCAAAUACAAAGGACUGAAUCUGGAUAUGAAAGCAGUGAUCAUAUUAGUAAUGGAUCUGCCACUCUGGAUUCACCUGUCAUUGAAGGAACCAAUCCAAUGGAUAUCCGAGGCGUUAAAGAAACUGUUUCCUUCAGUGACCUGACUCCAACAGCCAAAAAACCUGAAAAUAUGUUGCAGUCUACCUCUCAGCAAAACAGGAACUAUUUUGAUGACUUGAGAAAAGACCAGAUGAGUACAGAAGUUAAUUACAGACCUCAUAAUAAUUUCCCAUCAGAAUCGCAGGUACACAGUCCUCCAGUGAGUAGGACUGAGAUACCUGAGAGUAAUUGGAAACUUUUGCCUUCAUCAAUUCUACAGCCAACUCAUAAGGACCAUGUUAAGCGAGAGACUAGAGCCAAUAAGCUAUAUGAACAGAGUUCUUCAGAGUGGCUUAAUUCAGAUAAACUUGAGAAGACAGCCAUGCAAGUGUGUUGUGCUGACGGCUUACCCCAUUCUUGUAACACUGAAAAUGAACCUCUCUGUGGAAAGAGGCUGAAUAGCAAUGAAUUUCUCUUAUCUUCUCAGCUGCAGGCUCCUGUUACAAGAAGUGCUACAUCAAAGGCAGGGCUGUCAUCUUUUGUACCCCAGAGCACAUCAGAGCAAUGCAAUGUGAUGCCACUUUCAUCUGGUGUACGUACAGUUCAGUCAUUUGGUAGAACUGAUCAUCUUUGGGUACCAGAAGCUGUUUACCAAAAUCUUCCACCUCCUUUACCUCCAAAGAAAUAUGCUCGGAACUUUUUGUCAGGAACAGAAAGUAAUGAACCUCCAUGUGAUGUAAAAUUGACAGGAUUCUUGCAUGUUAAUCCUUCAGAUUUUCAGAGGCAAAGUACAGGAACAGCUUCAAGUUCACCAGAAGCAGGUGUAUGUACAAAUGAAGAAAGACUUAAAGAAGCAUUUAAAGGAAAGGAGCCUUCUGUUCACAAGCCAGAUUUUCCAACUGGCCCAUCAGUUAAUGAUUUUCAGACUCUGUCUGGUAACCUUUUAAGUAAAGGAUCAUGCCACCUGGGACCAAGUGCUAAUUCUCCAGAUGCAAAUGAUAGUGUAUCUCUAACUACAUAUUUUUCAGUAGAUAGUUGUAUGACUGAUACGUACAGGAUGAAAUAUCACCAGAGACCCAAACUGUAUUUUGCAGAUCCUGGUAGUUUCCACAAAGAACUGGGCACUGCUUAUCAUAAUACUGUUGAUUCCAGUCAUCCUGCAUCUGAACAGAGAUACAGACCACAUAUAGAAAGUAUACACUGCAAUAGGUAGAAAAAGUAAAUCAUGGAUUUUAUCCAUACAUUUCAUGUGGGCAAGAAGCUUGGACUCCUCAGUGUAUGAUAACCGGUACUAUAUUUCAUUUAGAAGAUAUGACUGUUAACAUGAUUAUGCAAAUAUGAACGAGCUGGAAAAACCACAUGCUAAGGUUUGGUCUUUUGAUCUUGGAUUUGUCAUUUUUUGCCUUAAUGUUUACCUCUGUCUUGCUGAUACUCACUUUCUCAAUAUAUGUCUGUUACACUUUGAUAUUUUAAUUCAUAACUGGUUCCUUUCUGAAUUUUGUACAGUGAAUUGCAUUUGGCACUAACCAGGUGUUACAAAUUUUUCCUGGAAGAUUUAAUAUACUUGUUGUUUAGUGCCCACAGACCAAGGGAAAAGUGGUUUUGGGUUUUUUGGGUUUUUUUAAUCAGUAAUUCCUCAGAAUGUUCAGAGGGAUACACGAACUACAGGACCAUGUAUAACACAGUGUGCAUAUAUACAUAAUCAAAACAGUAUUUGUUUAUGGAAGUUUUUUGUAGUGGAUAACAGUAGGAGU